GUAACGUCCCUUGACACAUUAGGAUUAUCUGAUCUGGACAAACAGGAAAAGACACACGUCCAACGAACCAUGCGAUAGCGUGUGGGCAGUGUUUCUUUUCAACAUAGUUUUGUUUAUUCUUUACUGGUUGUUCAUUCUGUUUCCAAUUCCGUAGCACGUCGUCAUUUAUAAUCCGCAUAGAUAUUCAGAAAUCCGCGCAGCUUACAAGCUCAAGCCGGCGCUUAAUGUACACACGAUAUACACACGCCCUUUGGACUCAGCUGACUAAGCAGCAGAAGACGCACAAGUCCGUGAAAGAGAGAAAAAAAAGGGAGAAAAGACUUUCUAUGUGUGUGUGUGUUGGUAAAAGAACGAAAUAGGCGAGUCAGAAUGUCAACGUACGCUUAAAAAGUUUCUCCGCACGUUGCUUUCACUUCACUGUUUUUGCUGAUGUGUGUGUUUUAGAGGCGAACUGUGGCGAGAUGAGUUGAGAGUGUCUGUCUUUUUCCCAAUCUGUUUUUUUUUUCUUAAACGAUACUCCAUUGCAUAAUCACGGUUGGUGAAAAAAAUGGAGGGUGAAACUCUUUAUGGGUCGGAAGACUCGCAAAGCGUCAUGUCGGAAAGAGUCCAGACGUUGGCGCGUAAUAUUUACCAAGAGUUCCAGCGAAUGAUUCAAAAGUAUGAUGAGGAUGUAGUCAAGGAUCUUAUGCCCAACAUCGUCAACAUGUUGGAAUGUCUGGACCUGGCUUACACUGCUAACCAGGAACAUGAAGUGGAAUUGGAGCUCCUCAGAGAAGAUAAUGAGCAAUUGGUGACCCAAUAUGAGAGAGAAAAGCAGCUACGCAGAACUACAGAUUCUAAACUUUUAGAGUUGGAAGAUGUAACGGAGGAAGAAAACAAGGUACUGCAGGCCAAAGUUGAGAGUCUCGAAUCUAUUGUCAGAAUGCUUGAACUCAAAUCGAAAAAUGCCACUGACCAUGUUUUCCGACUGGAAGAAAAGGAAAAUGAGAUGAGGAAAGAGUUUACCAAAGUUCAUGACCGAUACACAGAACUGUUGAAAGUUCACAUGGAUCAUGUGGAAAGAACGAGAGGAUUAUUGGGGACGGAUCGUCUAGAAGGAGCAGGUCUGUCCUCCAGGCAUUCGGGAAUGCAAUCCUGGAACAUAAACGUUAAUCUGACACCCCCUCAUCAAAUCAUCAGGUCUACAGGGCCAUUGUCGUUUGGCUUCACAUCGCUGGAAAAUGCCGUCCUCACUCCAAGCAAUCCGAAAUUCUUUUCGAAUCCAGUGGCUGAUUUGGCCAGCAGCAUCACAACACCGUCUUGUCUUUCUCAGCCUAACGCUCUUCAAUCCGAAUUGGACAUGCAAUCUGAAUUGGAAAUGUCAGGCGAUGCCACUGGAUUCGAACAAAACGGGACGGCUGAUCAAAGAGAUGUUUGGUCAUCGACCUCCGAAAAGAAAAAUUCCAGUGUGCUCAAAAAAUUCGACGAAGCCAUUUCUAGUCCUCAUCACGAGGGCAAAAGUCUCAAGCGAAAGGAGGAGCGAUCGAGUAACACGUUGUACCAGGAACUAAGUUUCCAAGAGUCGUCAAUCCUGGAAGAUUCUAGUGAAAUUACGGGUAACUGGGUUCAUCCAGGCGAGUUUGCUUCUUCAGAUUCCGAACCGGAAUUGGAAGAUCACGUUGAGGAUGUGGAUGCGAGGAGGAAGAAAGUCACGGACAAUUUUUACGGCAUGGGCAAAGAAGUUGAGAACCUCAUCACAGAGAACAACGAACUUUUGGCGACCAAGAAUGCGUUAAAUAUUGUGAAAGAUGAUUUGAUAGCCAAAGUGGACGAACUCUCGAGUGAGCAAGAAAUCCUUCGAGAUGAAAUCCGUUCGUUGCAAUCGAUGCGGACUCGUUUGCGACUGAGGACGGACGAGCUGGAAGCCGAAGUGAAGGCACUCCGCGAGGAAAUCGAAAACGCUCGCAGAGUUGCCAAAUCGGAAGAAGAGGAAGACGUGCCACUGUCGCAGCGGAAGCGUUUUACUCGCGUCGAAAUGGCCCGCGUACUUAUGGAACGUAAUCAAUACAAGGAGCGCUGGAUGGAACUCCAGGAAGCCGUUCGCUGGACAGAAAUGCUGCGCGCCCAGAAAGCGGCGGGGCAGCAAGAAGAGACGGACAAGCGUCAGAAGCAAUCUGUCUGGAAAUUUUUCAGCAACCUUUUCAACGCGGGCAAUGAAAGAGAACACGGCCAGCAUCCAACGACGUUAUUAAGGCAAUCUCAAACUGUUCCGUCGCUUCAGUUUCACGCUCAAAGCGGCAAAGUCGGUCCUGGAUCGCCUGUCCGGUUAGCCAACGACACGUCCAGGCCAAGACGCAAGGACAACGUUUUGAAUAGCGAACGGCCGGAUGCGUCUGGAGUCAAGGCCCACGUCCGUCGUCAAGAUGGCCGACUUCAAGCCUACGGCUGGUCAUUGCCGUCACGUCAAUCUGUACCUGCUGGAUCGGCUCCUACCGCAAUGGGAACACCUCCGAUCACACCUCCGAAGGGAUCCGUUUCGGCCGCGACGGUCGGUGUUCCAGUGCCGGUUUAUUGCAGACCUCUGGAGGAUCAAGAGCCGGGCAUGAAGAUUUGGUGCGCGGCUGGUAUCGAUCUAACGGGCGGCCAGACAAAAGACGGCGGUUCCAUGGUCGGUUCCAGCGUCUUCUACAACCCCAUACCGGCUGAUUCCGGCCCGGUUGGCGACGCUUCCGAUGCCAACAAAUCGGACGCCAUUCAAACGCUGGCGGCCGAAUUGGCCGAAAGUCAGUGGGAGCGCGAAGAUGCCGAAAUGUGGGAAAGACGUCUGUCCAGCUUGGUUUGGAUCAUCAAUUCGGCAACAGGGAAAUCUCGAGUCAACGUCAUCGAUUCCAACCGGCCGGGCGACGUCAUUUUGACAUUUGACAUUUUGGCCGCUAACGUCCUGUGCAUCGCCACUGUCGCUGGUGUCAAAGACAACGAUUUCCCUCCACCUUCGGAACCGACUCCGCCGCCGACAGAUGGCAGGAGUGAAGAGGACGAUGUUAAUGACGAGGAAUCCACUUCCAUCCGCAGCGAUGGCGAUGGAUCGUCAUCGAAAGGCGAUGCCAUUGUGGGUAGCAUCCGUUACGUCAGUUGCAGCGUUGCCGGAUCUGACCUAUUAGAUCACCCCAAAGAAAAUGAUAAUGAAGUCUUUCAACCCACUUUGUCUAAACGGAUGGUUUCUGUGGAAGGAGAGGCUGCCAUUUCAGAGCCGGAAGUUCCCGCCUCCCGAAAUCGAACGUUCCGCAACACUUGGAAUAUUCCUCCUUGGAGUGACGUCAUUAAAGAUGGACUCUCUGAGCCCACUCAAAAUUUCGGCCCGGUUUCAACGGCGCUAGCAACCGUUUGGAUGGGAUGUCAAUGCGGCCGGCUCUACAUCCACUCGGCCGUUCUCCACUGGAAAAAUCCUCUGCGCGUCAUCAAAUUGCCGGACGCUGUCUUGGCCAUUAUACAUGUCCGAGGCCGAGUCCUUGCAGCCCUGGCCAACGGUCAGGUAGCCAUUUUCGCCCGCUCAGCCAACGAUGGAGAAUGGGAUCUGUCGGCCUAUUGGCUAUUGGAAUUGGCUCCGCCCACCGUGGCCGUCCGAUGCCUGACGCGGGUCCAUUCCACCGUCUGGGCCGCCUUCCGCAACAAGAUUGCCGUCAUUGAUCCUGAAUCUCUCCGCGUUGAGACCUGCUUCGAGGCCCACCCGCGCAAAGAAAGUCAAAUCAGGCAACUUUGCUGGGCUGGUGACGGUGUCUGGAUAUCGAUCCGACUGGACUCGUCCAUCCGGCUCUUCCACGCCCACGAUUAUCGUCACUUGCAGGAUGUGGACGUCGAACCUUACGUUUCGAAAAUGCUCGGCACUGGAAAAUUGGGCUUUUCUUUCGUCCGCAUCACGUCGAUGAUGAUCAGUUUACAGCGUCUAUGGAUGGGCACCGGGAACGGAGUCAUCAUUUCGGUGCCAUUGUCGGAGAGUUCGGGUUCCAGCGGCAAACCAGUUGUCAUUAAAGACAUUCUAUCGUCGCUGAAUCACAACCAGUCCAUCAACGGUCCGGCUUCAAUCAGCGCUGGCGGAGAUGAAGAAUCACAACCGCCUUCCAGCACUUCCGUCUACAGCGAUCCGAGGGAUCGAGUAGUGGCCGGCAGUUUUAUUCCCUACUGCUCCAUGGCCCAAGCGCAGCUCUCGUUCCACGGCCACAAGGACGCCGUCAAGUUUUUCGUCGCCGUUCCAGGACAAGGUGGCGCUUCUGCGGCGUCUUGCGAUGCUGCCCAAUCGGCCGAAUCCACCGCACCAAGUCCAACGUCGAUGCUCGUUUUAUCCGGCGGGGAAGGUUACGUCGAUUUCCGUCAAGGGCAAGACGAUGAUGAGGAAUACCGCGGACUGUCGCACGGUGAAACCAGCCACAUCAUCGUCUGGCAAGUCCACUGUUGUUGAGUUUCUCACCUUUCUCUUACAGUUCGCUGACCCUUGCAACAUUUCAUUUGCUAAUUUCUUGUUGUGGAGAAAACACAUUUUGUUUUUUUAAAUAACGUAAUAGGCUAAUCAAAUACUAUUCACCUUUCAUUCUUUGUUCCUGUACUCGAAUGAGAAAAUGAAACCAAAAAAAAUGAUGAAUUCUUAAACAUUAGAAAAUGGACGAAGGCUGAAGCCACUUGAAUUAUAUUAGAUUUCAACAGCUAUUAGAUUGACCCUUUUUUUUUGCAUUCCUUCACAUCUUUUGUAAAACCCGCACAUCCUAUUGUGAAACGCUUCUCAGUCGUAGUCCUAAAAGUUGAAUCUAAUUGACACAUCUUCGUUUCGUCUUAAUGCAAAGUGUGUAUGUGCGUGAUUGUGGGUGUGAGGAUAUUUAACUUUCUCCGAUACAUUGUAAAACCUUUCAAACUAAAAAAAAUUAAGGAGCAGAUUUAAUUAUACUCGUAUGAAAAAAAAGCUAUCAAAUACAAUGGAUUGAAAUUAA